AUGGACGGGGAUGUACUGCAGAGCAUCGAACUCUUCCCGGCCGCCAACAGCAAGGCCUUCGAUUCCAUCAUCGACAGCUCCUCGAAUUGUCUUCCUCAGCUGUCCUCUAUUUCCUUCUGGGACAACUUUGACAACCGCGUCGAGGCCAGUGUCGCCAGCGCCCCGACAGUAAGAGCAACCCAAGCCCAUAAAGCCGCCUCGCCCACCGGAUCUGCCCAGGUCAAGGAGUCUUGCCUCGGAUCACCCAAGCCGGUCAAGGUGACCAAGGUACCAUCCAAGAGGCAACGUACCCCUGAGAGGAAAAGGGCACGAACCAGCCAGGACACCUCGGCCCUCGACUGUUCCGACUACUGGCUUCGCUUCGACAGUGACGACGACAGUGUCGAGAGACUGGGCGACUUUGACCGAAGAGACUCAACGACAUCCUCACGCCGGCCCUCGGGAUUGAUCCAACCCCGCCCGAGACUACGGCGUGUCGGGACAUCCGACAGCAACAGCUUCAAGCUGGCGUUCCCCUCACCAGUCGAGGACUUUAUUGACGACAGUGCCCUCGACCACGCUCUGUCCGACGGUGAUGAUUUCAUGGCUUUCGACGACAGCCUCAUGAAGAGGGACCCGACGCAGCCCCGUGACGUGGCCCCCGAGAGACUCUACUCCACCCCCCUUAGCUGGGAAGCCCCACAGCCCGGCGUUCACAUGGACUCUUACUUGAACCUGAACCCCACCUUCAACGACCCUGAGCGACAACGGCUGCUGGCCAUUGCUCUGGGCACCGGCAUGGCACCCACGGCCACAAACACCCCCGGGUCUCGCCCCAGCACAUCCACCGAAUUCACCUUUGAGAUGCACCACAGCCCGGCUAGCAGUGAUAGCACGAGCAACGACUUUGAGCCCAGACGAAAGACGCCACCUAAGUCUUCACGCCCUAGUCAAGCAUCAUUCGCUACAGAGACCAAGGAGAAGCCCAAGACGAAGAACAGCGAGCGGGCAGCCCACAACGACAUUGAGCGCAAAUACCGCACAAACUUGAAGGACAGAAUUUCCGAUCUGCGCGAGGCCGUACCCUCGCUACGAUCAAUCCCUGAGGACUCGCACGACGAUGGUGACUCCCCAGUCAUGGCAUCUCGAGCCCCAAAAGUGAGCAAGGGCACCGUUCUCACAAAAGCUACCGAGUACAUCCGACAGCUCGAACGACGAAAUCGCAACAUGUCACAAAAGAACGAGGAAUUGACACGACGGCUACAAGCGUUUGAGCAGCUGCUUGCUGCUGCAAGUCCAAGUCCGAGCUGGCAGCCUCAGGGUUACGGCGCUCCCGUCUUUAACCCGAGGGCAUAUCCCUCAUGA